AUGGCUGCUGUUGCUGCUCUUGUACAGAUUGCUCCUGUGGUUGACCACGCUGUCGCUUUGCUUCAAAACUUAGCACAAACGACAGGUCGUUCUCAACAGCAUACUGGUAGAACUCCUUGUAUUGUUCAAAUUCAUUUUUUCGUUUUAGUCUGUUUUCUCUUGAGCGCUCGGCUUCUUUGUGUUUCUUCUCCAACGUGGGUACUAGCCUAAAUGCCUUGUUUGUCCUCGUUAAAUUGAUUUAAGGCACUACAUGUACGUACGUACUGUACUAAAACCAACAAAAACCAUACCAAGAGUAAGAGCGUCUUUGACUACUAAGCCCUAUCCGGAAUUCAAUUUCCGCCAUAAAUUUUCGCAAUUGGUCGUGGGUCCGAGUCAAAGUGGAAAGACGUACUUUGUCCAACAAAUUUUGGAAAACAAUCGUAUCGUGUACGAGGAGCAAAGAAAUAUCCAUACGGGUGGUUCUGAAUGGGGCAGAUUCAGCAAUUUCAAUGGCAUUUUUUGAAGUUGUUGGAGGCGCUGACCGUACGAGUGGUUCUGAAGUGGUCAUUGGUGGUAUUACGGGCGCAGAUUCGUUGACAUCGGUUGAUGGGCCAGGUUCAGCAAUUUCAAUGGCACCCUUUGAAGACGUCGCAUCCGCCGACCAUACGAGUGGUUCUGAAUUGGACAAAUUACGCGAAGUCUCGGUGACUGAGAUAUUGAGCGUCACAUUUGAUGAUACGGCAGUCGCAAUAGGCAUACGGACGGACGAAGCAAUCUUAUGGUUACGUGCACUAGAUGCGAAGAAUUUUUAG